AUGGGAUCACCUCAAAUCCACCAAAAGCUCAGAUUAACAAUGGAGAGUAUAUCUCUUGCAUUGUUCAUCAUUCUCCUCUUCUUCCUCUGCUUCCCCUUCUCAUCAGAUUCCCAGAAGCUCAAUCCAUCAACAAGCUUACUCGGCCAAGAACAAGUCCACGAGGUUACAAGCAAAAACAUAAAAGGAGAAGAUGAAGAUAAAAGCAUCGACAUUUUCCGGUCAGGGAAAGGAGUUCAUGGAGUAGCAGGCGGAAGAGGCGGAGGAGGCCGGAAAGCAUCUCCAAAACGCAACGCCACCACGGAUCACCGGCCACAGUUAUUCUUCUCCGCCGCCUCUGUUCUCUUUACCGGCUUUAUGAUGUUUUCAUUAACUUCUUUCCACAUGUCGAUAAGAUUAACUUGA